AUGCUCCGCUUCGCAGGGGAGUUGUGCUUACCCAGUCCUGUUGUUGUUGUUGUUGCGUGUUUAUUCGCGCGGCGACGGUGUGCCUGCAUGAAUAAGAGCCACGCGGAUGUGGCCCCGUUCGUUCUGCUGCGCGGCGAUGACAGCAACGUUGAGGUGCGGGCGUGGAUCAAAGGGCUCGAGGUGGAGCGCUCCGCACACGAGCAGCUCCUGCAGCUCUCACGCAUGGGUGAUGUCAUUCACCACCCAAUUGCCGUCAUGCCGGAUGUGCACACAGGUCAUGGUGCCACUGUGGGGACGGUGAUUCCAACGACCCGCGCGCUUAUCCCAGCCAGUGUCGGUGUUGAUAUUGGAUGCGGCAUGAUUGCGGUCAAAACAAGCCUCACGCAGGAGGAUCUCCCGAGAUCCCUUGCAGGGCUGCGGUUGGCCAUUGAAGUCGCCGUGCCGCACGGACGCACGCACAACGGCAGGAGCAGCCUGGAUGCUGGAAGCUGGCGGGGCGACGUGCCAAGAAAUGUCGCCGACACUUGGAGCACACAUCUACAGAAGGGAUUUGAGGAGAUCUGCAGCAUGCAUAAGCAGAUUGAGUUCAGUAACCAUAUCACUCACCUUGGGACGCUCGGUGGUGGUAACCACUUCAUUGAGCUCUGUGUCGACGACACUGAGAGUGAAUCACAACGGCCACACAUUUGGGUAAUGCUGCACUCCGGUUCGAGGGGUGUUGGGAACCGCAUCGGUACCAUCUUUAUUGAGCUUGCCAAGAAAGAUAUGGGCAACCACAUCGCCAACCUUCCGAGUGCCGAACUUUCAUACCUCCGGGAGGGAUCGCCACACUUUGACCAAUACGUGAAAGCUGUCGACUGGGCACAGCGUUACGCCAAGUGGAAUCGAGAACUCAUGCUGCAGAGCGUUCUUCAGGCGAUGCGCAACCACAUCCAGAAACCAUUUACAGUUGACAAAAUGGCCAUCAACUGCCAUCACAACUACGUUGAGCGUGUGGAACUGAGCCCGAAGAAUCAUGUGUGGCUCACACGUAAAGGCGCGACAUCGGCACGCGCAGGUGAACUGGCAGUUAUUCCUGGCAGCAUGGGUGCAAAAAGUUAUAUUGUGCGCGGUAAGGGCAACCCGCUGAGCUAUGCGUCGUGCUCGCACGGGGCUGGAAGGCUCUACAGCCGCGGAGAGGCAAAGCGGCGCUUCACACUUGAGGACCAUGAGGCGGCCACCGUCGAUGUGGAGUGCCGCAAGGAUGCUGAUGUGCUGGAUGAGACGCCGCUGGCAUACAAGAAGAUUGAUGACGUGAUGCGGGCGCAGAGUGACUUGGUGGAGAUCGUUUGCGCACUGAAGCAACUUCUCUGUGUGAAGGGAUGA